UGCUUACCUAUAUUAGGCGUGUGAAUGGGGCCAAAUAUAUUUGUGAUGAAUGUGAAAUUGCUGAUGCAGAUAUUAUCCGCGAAUUAUGUGAGCAAAAUGAACCUAAACGGAACAAUGAGAAACAUGAACAGGAUGUAAACGAUAUCAAUGAACUAAAAGGAGCCAUAGAAAAUAUGGAAAAGGAAGUAAUCAAGUGUAUUAGAGAUAUCAAAUUCCAAACACAAAAUGAAGGUAGAUGUACCUGUGCUGAUGAAAAUGAACUAAAAACAACGAUGGACAAACAGCGGGAUGAAAUAAUCUCUCUGAAAGAAUGUAUUAAUCAACUGAAAUCAGAGAUUAAUAUUCGUGUGAACGAAUAUGAGCUAUUGCUCAAAGAACAAAGACUAGUCGUCAAAAGCAAAGAACAAGAACUGAAUAUGCAUAAAAGAUACAAUGAAAAUGAGGAAAAGAAAUCAAACAAGCUCCAAAGUGAGUUGGAUCAAACAGUUGAGCAACUCAAGAUGGCGAAGAAAGAAAUCGACAGAGUAAAUGAAGAAAAGAUCAAUAUCAAACGACAAUGGCAAGCCAGUGAAAGUGAUGGUGAAUGGAGGGAACAAAAAAGAUACACUCAUACUAGAGGAAGGAAAGAAGGAAGAGAUGAUAUAAAAUGGAGUGAAUAUAGAGGAAAUUAUCACAGAGGAGAGGGACAAUGGAGAGAACGUAAGAGAUUCAUUUGUGAUAGACGAGAAGGAAGAAGCCAUACAGGAGGAGGAUUAGAACAAAAAAGAUACAGCCGAUACAGCGACGUUGCUGCCCCAUAUCGUGACGCUGACAGACCGAGGAAUGGUCAACCUCGACAUGCUCGAGAGAUAUCACCACAGAGGAAUGCACGAAAUGAAGGAAAUGAGCGAACGACUGAGGGGAUGAACGCAAUACAUGACAAAAGAAACGAUCACGAGUGUGAUAUGAUAAUUAAAUACACAAUGGACGAUGUUGAGUCUUGGUUGAAAUCUAGUGAGGCAAAGCAAACUCUAAGCGAUGCAGAAACCGUGAUAAUCCACGAAUUAACGAAUGACGUUAAACGGUCUAGUGCACUAGAUUGUGCUUGUAAAAUGAACAAUCUCAUUGGUCUGAUCAAAGUGUCCUUCAAAUCAAUUAAGAUAGUUAUAUCUCUCGGCACGCCCCGAGAUGAUAACCAAUUGUAUCAGCAGCGUGUGGACAUGGCCAAUAGUAUGCUGAUGGCUGAUGCAUUAUAUGACAGAAGAGUUAAAACUGUUCAUCACAGAAACCUGCUCUACCGUGGACUAAUCUGUAUAGUGAUGAUCGUUAUCACCUUAGCAAGAAUGGAACUAGAGUUUUAGCAGGAAAUCUCCGGUGGGCAAUUGAAAGGAGCUCUUCACGAAAUAAACGAUAGACUUCUUGUUUAAGGUCUAUCUGAGGACCGAGAAACGUGAAUACACCUUAUGACUGAAAGAAAAAAUAUUCAAAUUUGUUAUUGGAAUGUAAAUGGGAUACAUAAGAGAUGGGACGGGGUUAAAUCUUCCUCAAAAUUGGAAGAAGAGGAUUUUGUCAACGUUUUUAAUUCAUAUGAUAUUGUUUGUCUGGCAGAAAUAAAAAUAGGGCCGAAGGAAAAUAUGUCUUUACAAGGAUAUGUCAAUAAAGUAAUAUGCAGGAAGAAACAUAAAAAUGCUAAAGCUGACUCAGGGGGCUUGGCCCUGUACAUCAAAGAAUCUAUUAAGCACCAGGUUGC